AUGGAGAAAGGAGGAUGGAUUCCGGUAUUGAAGCAGAGAGGAAGUAAAGGAGGUUGGAGAAAGGAAGCUAACGCAAGAUUAUUCACGAUCUUUGUUGAUGAUCUACCUAGAUCAAUGACCUUGAAGAUGUUGGGGGAAAUAUUCAGGAAGUUUGGAGUGGUGAAGGAUGUCUACAUUCUUCUGAAGAGAAGGAGAGUGAGCAACACUAGGUUUGCUUUUGUCCGGUAUGAUUGUGAAAUGGCAGCAGAAGUAGCAGUGCAAAAGGCUAAUGGGAUAUGGGUGGAUGAUAAGAAACUGGCCGUGAAGCACGCAGAUUACGGCAAGAAAGAUAUGGAAGUCAAAACCCGAUAUCGUCCUCAAAUAAUAGGUUUUCCACAUGUGGAAGGGGUGAGAGCGGUGUGUGGAAGCCAGUAG